UUUCCUCAUCCUGGCUUUACAUUUUACUCUUGUGAUUAUUAUCUGAAAUAUUUUAGCAUCCCUCAGCAUAUUUCAAGUAUAAUUAAUGUAUCAGGCGACUAAUCGCUAUCAGGAAGUAGGAAGCAGGAAGUAUUCCGUGAUUGCAUAUACGUUUGACCGUGGUGUUUUGAUUUCAAGCGCAUUCAAAUGAGUGGUAGAAAGAUAUGCAAUUAAGUCAGUUAAUGAGACCAAGGAAUUGCAUCGAAAUAAAGCAGCGCGUUGUCCGGGUUAGAAUAGAAUGGAAAUCCUGUAUUACGUAACCAUUUCAUCAAGCAUAUACGGUAUUUGCAGGAAUAGAGAAAUGUAACCCGAUAGUGAAGGUGUCGAAUAGGAUUUCGCGUGAUAGUGGGGUUGCUUGUCCCUUGUAGAACAGUAUAUAAAGUGUCUACGCUAAGAAUUUCUCUCGAGUUGGUCUUUUAUUCGACACGUACUCGUAUACACCGAACAAGGGGACAUGGAAAAAAUCAUUGUAAUUUUAACGAUCGUUUCCUCCUGCUGCGCUGGGGAAUUAGGAUUUGGCGAUCAUGGAUUAAGUUUGGGGGAAAUUGCCGUGGGUCACGGCGAAGAAGAAAUUGGUUUAGAUUUAGGUGAAUUAGGUGGAUCAGAGCACGAGAUCGGUCUAGGAGGUCACGGAGAAGGUGGACACUUCAUACCCUCUGUGAAAACAAUUGGAAUACCAGUCCCUAAGAAGGUUCCUCUGCUGAUACCUCAACUGCAGGUUCAACAUAUUCCACAGAGUUAUCCAGUUCCAGUGUUCGUACAGAAACCUGUUCCAUAUCCGGUGGAGAAGCAAGUAUUUUCGAAGGUGGAGAAGAAAGUACCCACGCCCGUCGAAAAAAUCAUUCCAGUGAAAAUUGAGAAGCCUGUUCCAUUCACUAUAGUGAAACAUAUUCCUGUUCCAGUGGCGAAGCCUAUUCCAAUUAAGAUUCCAAUUUACAAAACAGUAGUGCACAGCUCCAAGAGCCAUUAAGUCUGUGAAAUUGGCGUUGUUGAUUGUUCUUGUUUUAAUCGUUGCGGCAGAAGUGCGUCGUUGAAAUUACAGUUUCUACGUGUUUUAUAUUUAUAUUGUUUUGUUAUA